AUUCUUUAUUAUUUGGCAAUACAAAAAAAGUUGAUUAUUAUUUUUAUAAAAAAAACGAAACUAUAUUUGACGAAAAAAUCAAUAAGGAUUCAUAAAAUUCUCUAAAGAAAAUUAAAAAAAUAGCGUCAUUAUGAGCACUAUUAGCCAUAAAAAUUUACAAGAGCUAUGUCGUGCCUGUCUAAGGACCCUAAAACAUAAUAAUAUAAAUACAAACGAAAGCAAUAAUGUUGCUGGCGGAGGUAGUGAAUGUGAUGCUGGAACAUCUAGUUUAAAUAGUCUAUUAUUACCAAAUUUAUGUAAAUUGUUUAUGUUUUUAACCACCUAUGAUGUGAAUAAGGAAUAUGAUGACUUUCCCAAACGAUUAUGUGAGUGGUGUUAUGGUCGCCUUUUGGAUUAUGAUGAAUUCCGUAAGUUGACUGUAAGGAGUACCGAAAUGUUAUAUGAACAAUGGAAUACUAGCAGAAAAGAAGAAGAAACAUUUACUGAAGACAAUGUUAAUGCUAAACCCUGUAUUCAACUACUGCAAAACAUUAAGCAUGAGGAGGAAAACGUUGAGGAGAAUGAUGAUGAUAAAUUGCUUUUACCCGAAUUGGCCAAUAUGCCUUUGUAUAUUAAACCGGAACCAACUUUUGAGGCCAUGGAUACCCAGUUUAUUCUACCGUCGUACCUUGAGGAAGGUGAAGUCGUUAAUAGAGAUCAAAUGUCAUAUGAGUCUUACGAUACAGAGGAAGAUGCUGAUGAUGAAGAGUUACUAUUACCAAAUGGCGCUGCUAAUAACUCCAGUCCUUCAAUUAACAGUUCUGAUGCCAAGGUGGUACUGUCUAAAAGAGAUCGCGACCGAAAAUCUUUACAUUGUAAUGAUUGUAAUAAACAGUUCUACAAGCAAGUCUAUUUGGAUGCACAUGUACGUGGAACGCAUUUGGGUCAGGAGAAACCGUUUCAAUGUUCAAAUUGUACCAAAGCAUUUACACGUUACAAUCAAUUAUUUCUGCACAUUAAAUCCAAGCAUAUUGAAAUGCUCUUCCGCUGUGAUUAUGAAAAUUGUGAUGCCUCUUUUACAGUUGCCGUCAAACUGAAGAUGCAUCGUCAAAUUGCACACAAUUCUUCCGAAGAACUUAAUACACAAGACUGCCAGGAAGAGGACGAAGCAGAAGCGGAACCACAAUUAAUGGAACUGGAAAUGGAUCAUAUUUGUUAUUUGUGUCGACGUAAAUAUAGUUCUAAACGUGCGCUUAGAGAACAUAUCAAGAGGCACAAAAAGAUUAAAGAACACGUUUGCCAAGAGUGUGGAGUGGCUAAAGUUACACGAACCGAGUUAGUGACCCAUAUGCGCACACAUACACCCAACUUGGAGAAAUUUCCCUGUCCCCAGUGUCCUCAAGUAUUCAAUCAUAAAAAUGCAAUUUCACGUCAUGUCAAAGUUAUCCACGAAGGUCUCAGGCGUUUUCCCUGCAAGUAUUGUCCCAAACGUUUUGGAACACGUAAUUCUCAGGUGUGUCAUGAACGUUUACAUACUGGUGAACGACCAUUCAUUUGUGAAAUCUGUCAAAGGGGUUUUGUUCAACCGGAGGGUCUAAGAUCACAUAUGAAAAAUCAUGACAAAAAUUUACGCAAGCAUGUCUGUAAAUAUUGUUCCCAACGGUUUAUAACUUUGAAAAAUUUAGUGGAUCAUGAACGACGUCAUUCGAGUGACAAACCUCAUAUUUGCAAUAUAUGCAGCAAAGGUUUUUAUAGCGAAACAGAUUUAAAAAAUCAUCGCAGCACACAUUUUGAAGCUGAAGACGGCACAGAUCAACAAGACGAAAUUGUUGUCCAAAAUGAAUCAGACUCAUUUUUAUAAAAUUAAAA